CUGAGCUUCAGUCAGUUGGAGCAGCAACCCAGGGGAGCUACCCCAGAACCUCUCCUGCAGCUGCCUCGGAUCGCAGGAGAGACCCAGCGGACACAGGGACACUCCAGCCCAGAGAAGAGCCCAGGAUGUUUCUGAAGCCUGUGGCCCUGGCCCUGGUGGCCCUGGUGGUUGUCACCGGCACCCAGGCAGAGGUCAGCCCCGACCAGGUGGCCAAAGUGGUGUGGGACUACUUCAGCCAGCUGAGCAACAAUGCCAAGGAGGCUGUGGAACAUCUCCAGAAGUCCGAGCUUACACAGCAGAUCAACACCCUCUUCCAGGACAGACUUGAGGAUGUGAACAACUACGCCAGCGACCUGCAGCAGAAGCUCGUACCCUUCGCCACGGAGCUGCAUGAGCGCCUGACCAAGGACUCGGAGAAGCUGAAGGAAGAGAUUCGGAAGGAGCUGGAGGAGCUGCGGGCCAGGCUGCUCCCCCACGCCAACGAAGUGAGCCAGAAGAUCGGCGACAGCGUGCGGGAGCUGCAGCAGCGCAUGGGGCCCUACGCGGAGGGGCUGCGCACCCAGGUCACCGCGCAGACCGAGCACCUGCGGAGCCAGCUGGUCCCCUUGGCCCAGCGCAUGGAGACAGUGCUGCGGGAAAACAUGGACAACCUGGAGGCCUCCCUGACCCCCUUUGCCGAAGAGAUGAAGACCAAGAUCGACCAGAACGUGGAAGACCUCAAGCGGCGCCUCGCCCCUUACUCGGAGGAGAUCAAGGCCAAGAUCGACCAGAACGUGGAGGAGCUCCGCCAGAGCCUGGCCCCCUACACCCAGGACGUCCAGGAAAAGCUCAACCGCCAGCUGGAGGGCCUCACCUUCCAGAUGAAGAAGAACGUGGAGGAGCUCAAGGCCAAAAUCGACACCCAGGCCGAGGAGCUGCGCAAGAGGCUGGGGCCCGUGGCCGAGGACGUGCGUGGCAAGCUUCAGGGCAACACGGAGGAGCUGCAGAAGUCGCUGGCCGAGCUGAGCCGCCAGCUGGACAACCAGGUGGACGAGUUCCGACGCACGGUGGGGCCCUAUGGCGAGGCCUUCAACAAAGCCCUGGUGCAGCAGAUGGAGGAGCUCAGGCAGAAGUUGGGCCCCUACACCGGGGACAUGGAAGGCCACUUGACCUUCCUGGAGAAGGACCUGAGGGACAAGGUCAACUCCUUCUUCAGCACCCUCAAGGAGAAAAAAAGCCAGGAGGAGCAGGCCGCCUUCCCCGUCCCGGGGCUGGAGCAGGCUCCUGCCCCGCUGGAAAGCUGAGCCACCCCUGGGACCCCCACUCCUGGGCAGCUCCCACCUGUCCCGUCAGGCCCCUCGUCUGUCUGUCUAUCCGAAAGCAGACCUGGUAUGCGCCGGAGGACACCUGUCCAGUGGGAUGUGAUGGUACCUCAAUAAAGCUGUGCUGAAAAACUA